UGAGCGCGCGUGGGAUCGAGUUUAGCACUGAGAUGAGUCCCGGGGAGCCCGCGACCUGCUGCUGACGGAGCCGCCGGGAGAGAGCCGAGGAGAGGAGGGGGCAGCCGCUCGGGAGUAGACCGCCUCGCCUCGGAGAGCUCAGCCGGAGGAAACAUGCAGCUGGUGGUGUGGCUGCUGGGACUAACGUGUCAACUGUCAGCGCUGCUCCACGACUCCCUGCAGCUGCGGCUGCACCCCAAACAAGAAGAGCUCGUCAGGCGGCUGCCAGCCUAUGAAGUCAUCAGCCCGGUGCGGGUCAACGACUUUGGAGAGUCUUUCCCCCAGCAGAUGCACUUCCGGCGGAGGCGCAGGAGUUUGGACGACGACCUGUCCGCGGCUCAGCGGGUUCACUAUCGGCUCGAUGCGUUCGGGCAGCGCUUCCAUCUGAACCUGAGCGCUGACUCGGACUUCAUCGCGCCCACGUACUCGGUGACACACUUGGGAGCGGACCAGGACUCGCCGGACGACAUGCGCCACUGCUUCUUCCGCGGACACGUCAACUCCCGGAGCGAGCAGCCCGCCGUCCUCAGCCUGUGCACCGGCCUGAUGGGAACCUUCUCCACACCACACGGGGAGUACUUCCUGGAGCCUCUCCUGAGUCCCACUGGGGAGGAAUAUGAAGAUGAGCACCACAAACCUCACCUCGUGUAUCGACACCUGAGGAAGCCGGCGAGCAGCAACGCCAACGAGACCUGUGCCUCCUCAGCAGCAGAGCCUUCGUCCCCCUCACAUCUGGCCCAACAGCUGGCGUCUGUCAGAGCCACCAUCCAGCAGCGUCAUGACAACGGCUCGACGCAAACCUCCCACCACAGACGCAAGCGCUUCCUGUCCUACCCUCGCUACGUGGAGCUGAUGGUGACGGCCGACGCCAAGAUGGCGCGUCACCACGGGCGCAACCUGGAGCACUACGUCCUCACAAUCAUGUCAGUAGUAGCGGCGGUCUACCGCGAUCCCAGCGUGGGGAACCUCAUCAACGUGGUGGUUGUCAAACUGGUCGUCAUCCACGACGAGCAGCGCGGACCCACUGUGAGCUUCAAUGCGGCAACGACGCUACACAACUUCUGUGUUUGGCAGCAGAACCAGAACGUGCAGGAUGACAGCGACCCGUCUCACCACGACACUGCGCUGCUCAUGACCAGAGAAGAUAUCUGCCGAGCCAAAGACAAGUGCGACACACUAGGUCUGGCCGAGCUUGGAACCAUGUGUGACCAGUACCGCAGCUGCUCCAUCAGCGAGGAGAACGGAAUCAGCGCCUCCUUCACCAUUGCACAUGAGCUGGGACAUGUGUUCAACAUGCCCCACGACGACAACCCCAAGUGUCGGGAGGCGGGGCUGAAGCACCAGUACCACGUCAUGGCUCCCACCCUUAACCACGACACCAACCCCUGGACCUGGUCCAAGUGCAGCCGCAAGUACAUCACCGAGUUUCUGGACACCGGCUAUGGCGAGUGUCUCCUGGACGAGCCUGUUGGCAGGACCUACCAGUUGCCGUCCCUUCUUCCCGGGCAGCUCUACAACGCCAACCGACAGUGCGAGCUCAUGUUUGGACCUGGGUCGCAAAUUUGUCCCUACUUGAAACAGUGUAAGAGGUUGUGGUGCACCAGUGCCGGGGGUGACCACAAUGGCUGCCGCACACAGCACAUGCCGCUGGCUGACGGCACCGAGUGUGGACACGGAAUGUACUGCAGACACGGCAUGUGUGUGAACAAGGAGCUGCACCAGCAGCCAGUGCACGGGGAGUGGGGGCCUUGGGGGCCCUACAGUGUGUGCUCCAGGACGUGUGGCGGAGGAACCCGCAGCACCACCAGAGACUGCAACAAGCCCGAGCCCAGAAACGGCGGUAAGUUCUGCGUGGGCCGGCGGAUGAAAUUCCGCUCCUGCAACACGGAACCGUGCCCACGAGGACGCAAGGACUUCCGGGAGGACCAGUGCUCGCAGUUUGACGGCAAACACUUCAACAUCAACGGCCUGCCGCCCACCGUCCGCUGGGUCCCCAAGUACAGCGGCAUUCUGAUAAAGGACCGGUGCAAGCUCUUCUGUCGGGUCGCGGGUACGACCGCCUACUACCAGCUGAAGGACAGAGUCAUUGAUGGAACGCCAUGUGGGCCGGACACAUUUGACAUCUGUGUUCAAGGCCUGUGCAGGCAAGCCGGCUGCGAUCACGUUCUGAACUCCAAAGCCAGAAAUGACAAGUGCGGCGUGUGCGGAGGCGACAACUCGUCAUGUAAGACGCAGGAUGGAACCUUCAACGACGCCCAGUACGGGUACAACACGGUGGUCCGUAUUCCUGCCGGAGCCACAAACAUCGACAUCAAACAGAUCAGCUACUCUGGAAAACCAGAAGACGACAACUACCUCGCGUUAUCCGACAGCCAGUCCAACUUCCUCCUCAACGGGAACUUUGUGGUCUCCAUGUUUAAAAGGGAAAUCAACUUCAAGGGAACCGUCAUCGACUACAGCGGCUCCGACACCAAAGUGGAGCGGAUCAACUGCACGGACCGGAUCGAGGAGGAGCUGGUCCUGCAGGUCCUGUGUGUGGGGAACCUCCACAACCCGGACGUCCGGUACUCAUUCAACGUACCCAUCCAGGAACACAGGGAGCAGUUUGUGUGGGAUCCCACUGGAUCCUGGCUGGAGUGCAACCGCGUCUGUCAGGGAAUGCGUAAACGGAAAGCAGUGUGUGUGCGUAAGAGUGACCACCUGGUGGUGUCGGACCAGCGCUGUGAACACUUACCUCGUCCUGCUCCUGUCACUGAGCCGUGCAACACAGAGUGUGAAGUCAGGUGGCACGUUGCUGGAAAGAGCGAGUGCUCGGCCAAAUGUGGCGCCGGCUCCCGCAGCCUGGACGUGCAGUGCUUCAAGUACUUCCUGACCAAGAGGCAGAGUCACCGGGUCGAGCCGGCCAACUGUGGGGACGUGGCCAAACCACCAACCAGGGAGUCGUGCCAUGGAGACUGCUUGCUCAAGAGCUGGCAGUACAGCGCCUGGUCGCAGUGCUCCAAGUCGUGCGGACGUGGGAGUCGCAGCAGAGAGUCCUACUGCAUGAACAACUUGGGUCGGCGCCUGGCGGACCGGGACUGCAGCGAGCACCAGAGUGUGGUCACGGAGGCCUGCAAUGAGCAACCGUGUCCCAAGUGGACGGUCAGCGAGUGGAGUGAGUGUCAGGUGACGUGUGGAAAGGGGACGAGACAUCGGCAAGUGACGUGCAAGGCAGGGGUUGGUGAGGAAAAGCUGAGUGAGCGCUUCUGCGAGGCUUCCAGCAAACCUGCAGCGGUGGUCAACUGUGAGCUUCCAGAGUGCUCAUCCUGGCAGUUCGGCGUGUGGGGACCGUGUGGGGUCACCUGUGGUCACGGCUACCAGAUGAGAGCUGUCCGCUGCGUGUCGGGUCGCUAUAGUAACACGGUGGAUGACCGCGAGUGCAACGCUGCAGCUCGACCACAAGACAGUCAGGAGUGUGAGAGGCCAGCGUGCGCUCAGGCCACCGCUGCAGAGAGCACUCCUCAGCCCGACAACUCUGCUCAGCUGCAGACCCAGUGGAGGUUCGGCUCCUGGACGUCUUGUUCCGUGUCUUGUGGUAAAGGGAAACGGGCGCGAUACGUCAGCUGCAGAGAUUUCCACGGCGGUGUGGCUGACGAGUCCUACUGCGUCCACCUGGCCCGGCCGCCCGAGACCUCGUCCUGCUUCAGCCCCUGCGGCCAGUGGCGCACCGGGGAGUGGUCUCCGUGUUCGGCCACGUGUGGCGCCGGGAGGUCCACCAGACAGGUGGUUUGCUCAAACUACCACCAGCAGGUGGAGCUGUCCUUCUGUGACCCUGACGAGAAGCCCACCACAGAACAAGAGUGCACUUCCGUCCCCUGCCCCUCCAUCCUGCAUCGCCAGCGCACCAACAACCAGCCGUACGGCUUUCCUCAGGACCCGGGACAUCACCCCGGACACAGCAGCUGGAACGUGGCGUCAGCUGACAACCAGUGGCGGACCGGACCCUGGGGCGCAUGCUCCGCAACGUGCGCCGGGGGCUUCCAGAGACGAGUGGUGGUCUGUCAGGACGUGGACGGACGCAGCAGCCGCUUCUGUGACGAGAGAGUCAAACCGGCCGAGUCCAAGAGCUGCGACUCGGGCCCUUGUCCUCGCUGGAACUACGGCGUGUGGGGAGAGUGCUCCCAGAGCUGCGGAGGGGGAAGAAGGACUCGUCUGGUGGUGUGCCAGAGAGCCAACGGUCAGAGACUCGCCGACAACAAUUGUGACAUCCUGGAGAAGCCCCUGGAGACGGAGCAGUGCCACCCUCAGGCGUGUCCGGGCUCUGCGUCCUGGCACCGCCGACCGUGGAAGCCGUGUUCGGUCACUUGUGGCCGCGGGACCAAACAGCGAGAGGUCGUCUGCCUUCUUCAGAACCAAACUGUGGAAGAACACUGCGCUCAUCUCCCUAAACCUCGGACCCAGAGCUCCUGCCGGGCGGGGCGGUGUCCAACCUGGAAGACCAACAAGUGGAGCGAGUGCUCCGCCUCCUGUGGACCUGGAGUUCAGAGCCGAGACAUCUACUGUCGUGUGAAAGGCAGGGGGAAGGUCGGAGCAGAGCUCUGCGACGCCCGCACUGAGCCCGACACGGUGCGACCCUGCCAGGCUGUGGAGUGUAGCCGUUACUCCUGGUCCGCUGCCGAGUGGGAGGAGUGUAGCGCCACCUGUGGAGUCGGUGGGAGAAGCAGGAAGGUGAACUGUGUGGACCCUCAGGGCAGCCAUGUCCAGAGCAGCUACUGUGAUGCUUCAUCUCAGCCUCCGUCCAAGCAGUCGUGCUCCACAGAACCCUGCCCCUCGCAGUGGGUGACGGGGGAGUGGUCCGAGUGCUCCUCCAGCUGUGGCGUCGGCUUCCAGCAGCGAAUUGUCUCCUGCUCAGCGCCCCCCUCCUCUGCAGCUGAGCCACCAUCUGGUCUGUGCCCUCAGCCCCGCCCACCCAUCACCCGGAGCUGUCUCCUCAGGACCUGCCCGCUCACUUCCACCUGGAAAGUGGGGCCUUGGAGCAAAUGUUCCCAGAGCUGCGGCGCCGGAGUCAUGGAGCGCCAGGUUGAGUGUGUGACCUCCAAAGGCCAGCCCUCCAAGCUGUGUCCUGUGCCUCAGAGACCCGAGUCACGUGCGGCGUGUCAGGAGCAAGAGUGCCAGUCGUUCAGCUCCUGCAGGGAGGUGCAGGUGAGACAGGGGCUUAGGAUGGACGGGGAGUACUACCUGAAGGUCAAGUCUCGGAUCAUCCAGAUCUACUGUGCAGACAUGCAGACCGACUUCCCCCGAGAGUACGUCACGCUGCGCAGCGCUCAAACCGACAACUUCUCUGAGAUUUUCGGGAGCAGGUUGCUGAACCCCUUCCAGUGUCCCGAGAAUGGCAGCCGUCCUCUGGACUGCAGCUGCAGGAACGACUACUCUGCUGCAGGUUACACUCUCUUCCACAAGGUGCGGGUGGACCUGAGCUCCCUGAGGAUCAUGACGAUGGACAUUCACUUUUCCAGAACGCUGCUGGGUCGACCAGUUCCCUUCGCGACAGCAGGAGACUGCUACAGCGCCGCCAAGUGUCCGCAGGGUCAGUUCAGCAUCAACCUGCAGGGGACCGGCUUCAAGGUCUCCCCAGCCACCAAGUGGACUUCGCAGGGGAACUACGUGUCCGUCAAAGUCCACAGAUCCGAGGAUGGAAUGAGGAUCUACGGUCGCUGCGGCGGCUUCUGUGGAAAGUGUCUUCCUCAGGCUCAUCAUGGACUCCAGCUGCAAGUCCACUGAGUCUCCACCUGAGGACCGCAGCAGGAGCCUCCUGCUCCUCACCAUCACCUCCAUCUUCCUCUAAACCUCAACAAGGUGCUUUUUGUUCUCAGCUGUGCGGAACUGAACCUGCAGGUCGGUCUGAAGUCCGUGACGAGGUGCAGCCCGCCACCAUGGACGGCAGGUGGGGUCAUGUGACCAAGACGUCUGAACAACCAUGUGACCACAGCCGGCCAAUCAUAAUUAAGGUUGACAGUUUUCUGCUCCACUGAUGAGCCGUCUUCGUCCCUUCAAGGUCGUCUCACAUCAACGUUCUGCCUGAAGUUGUGUUUAGAACAAUGCAACACAAGUUUACACAACAGUGGUACUCACAACAACGUAGGAAAAAUUGCAAGAACUAAAGGGGAGUGAAGUAAUACAUUCAUCGUCACCUCAGUUAUUGUCUGAAGCAUAAAACAAGUGUUUACUGUUACUUCGUAGGCAUGACAAUAAUAUGUUUGUGAUUUUGCUACAUUUUUUUUUUAACUAUUUUUGCUGCCAAAAAGUCCUGAGUUUGACUUAAAAGUUGUGCGUUUGCCAGCGAUCAUGAUUCAAAGGAAGACAUUUUCUUUUUUGUUAAACAGGAAAUCAAUUAUUUUUAUUAUUUUAUAUGUUUCCGUUUAUGCCCUGUAGGGGGCGACUAAAAAAUGUUAUUAAAAUGGAAACAAUCAUUCUAUAGGAUGUUACGGUACUUGUUAUUUGUGAGGUCACGCACAGGAUGUCCUGGUUAAAGCCUGUGAGAGCCGGUGUCACUGGAGCUGAGUUGACUGGUAUGUUACAGCUAACAGUGACACUAACCUUUGGUCCAAGUCGCGAUAAAUGAACUUCAAUCUCAUCUCAAUCAUGACACUGGUCGACGGAGAAGUUCUCGUGUGUGUGGGUUAUUUUUUUAUUUCAUAAAAGCAAACUUUAUGGCAAUUCUUUUUUUCAUCUUUUUUACACUUGUUUUUUAAAAUAUAUUUCAAUGUAUUAUUGGUCAACACUGUUUCUCUGUUGCUAACAGCGCCCCCUACCUCUAACUCUAAUUCUGCUGUGUAUUUUUGUAUUUAUUCUCGGCUAAAGGAGCGUCGAUUGUAGACUUUUCUUUUGUACAAAUUGUUUAUCCGGCUCCAGGAUCUGAGGGUGCAUGUUUAUCAACUUUAAAAUGGCAAGAUGGCUUGAUAACCACUAACUUGAUGUUUAGUUUCUCUGGUGCUUUUUAAUGACUGACGCGACCUCUGACCUUUUCCAAGAAUUGUGUAGGGUUUGGCUCAUGUUUCUUGCCACCACAUGACUCAUCUUGAUAACUCCUCAUCAUCACUCACUCUGCCUUAACUAUGUCAACACCUCCUCACCUUGACUAACUCCGCCCCCUUCUCCUCAGUACUACUUUGACUCACAGACCUGACCCGACCUUCACCUUCUGAUCAAUGACCCUGCCUCCUCCUGAUCAACUCCGCCCACUAACUCCUCAUCACAGCUCGAACCAAAGUUAGGAAAGCAGCAGCAGGCAGCGUGCGACUCGGCUGCUUUUAUCGACGUGUAAAAAGACUUAGAAAGUCAACGCGCAGCUUGUUAAAUUUUGGCUGUCAGUCGCACCGAUGACACUGCUGUCACUCGUGUCGAUGACAGAACUAUCAUGUCUGUAUCAGAGAAGAAAACUUGACGCACUAUGUGCCAAAACUUUUGUAGAGAUGUAAUCCAUGUUUGUUUGUUUUUUAACCAUGAAGAUGUGUAACUUAUGAUAUAUGUGCAUUGUAAUAUUCAUACUUGAAUUGUAAAAUGUGGACAGGGUUGGAGGUGAACUUUGGCCUUGUUGCUUCCAAAGAUGUAGGAAUACGUUUUAUUGAGCCCCUGAAUGUUUCUGGUGCUUUGUUACUAAUCGUACGAGAAC